GUUGUUAAAGAAAGAGAUAAUUUACUGCUCGCAAGUCGCAAUGGUAUCUUAAUCAAAGAUGUGGAAAAAGCCGGAAGAGAAGGCUGGCAAGAGAAGAGAAGACUGCUGCGGCUGGCAGGGAGGAAUGAUACUUUAGCGAAAUCAUUCGUGUUAAAGUCAAAAACAAAACCUCCUCCAACCACUCCUCCUCCUCCUCCUCGACUCCUCUCUCUCCCGUCUCCAUUCCUUCGCUCAUCGCGACUUGUCAUCCUCCGCCGGCACCUUCCCCCUCCUCCUCUUCGCCCUUUGAAUCGGGGCGCAGCGUCUCGCCGUCAACGCCAGCGCCGCCGCCGCUUCACCAUUUCGAGUUUCCAUUUCGCUCCGUCCAAACACAGGUUUAUCAAACGCUUGAAUCAUGAGCUGCUUCAGCUGUUGCGAAGAUGAUGAGAUCCAUAAAGCUGCUGACCAUGGAGGUCAUUAUCCCUUAAAGAGUUCCGGAGGAAGUAUAGGAGGCCAUCAUCCCUCAGAAUCAGCGCCUAAGGGUGCUCAGGUUAUCAAGAUCCAGCCCAUUGAAGUCCCUGCAUUAGCUUUGGACGAGUUGAAGGAAGUUUCAGAGAACUUUGGUACUAAUUGUUUGAUUGGAGAAGGAUCCUAUGGAAGAGUGUAUUAUGGCAUUCUCAAGAACGGGCAAGCUGCAGCAAUUAAAAAAUUAGAUGCCAGCAAACAGCCUGAUGAUGAAUUCCUAGCUCAGGUCUCUAUGGUCUCAAGACUUAAACAUGAUAACUUCGUCCAAUUGCUUGGGUAUUGUGUUGAAGGAGGGUCCCGCAUUCUUGCUUAUGAAUUUGCAUCGAAUGGAUCACUGCAUGAUAUUCUUCAUGGAAGGAAAGGUGUUAAAGGUGCUCAGCCAGGUCCUGUCCUAACAUGGGCGCAGCGUGUUAAAAUUGCUGUUGGGGCUGCAAAGGGCCUUGAAUAUUUGCAUGAGAAGGCCAAUCCCCAUAUCAUCCACCGCGACAUUAAAUCCAGUAAUGUUCUGAUUUUCGACGAUGAAGUUGCAAAGAUUGCUGAUUUUGAUCUGUCGAAUCAAGCUCCUGACAUGGCAGCACGGCUUCACUCUACUCGUGUACUGGGCACAUUUGGAUAUCAUGCUCCCGAAUAUGCCAUGACUGGGCAGUUGAAUACCAAGAGCGAUGUGUAUAGUUUCGGGGUGGUGCUUCUCGAGCUUCUGACCGGUCGCAAACCCGUUGACCACACGCUGCCACGUGGACAGCAAAGUCUGGUCACAUGGGUAUUACUUGCUUUUUGUUCCCUUCCCUGUUCACAUGCAAAUUGCAAUACAUUAUUAAGAAGCUUUUCUAACUACUUUUUGAUUCCCACGACUAAUCUCUUCUGUUUUUAUUUUAAUUGCCAUAGGCUACACCUAAACUCAGCGAGGACAAGGUUAGACAAUGUGUUGAUACCAGACUGGGAGGAGAAUUCCCACCCAAGGCGGUUGCAAAGAUGGCUGCAGUGGCUGCCUUGUGCGUGCAAUACGAAGCUGAUUUCAGACCGAACAUGAGCAUCGUCGUGAAAGCGCUGCAGCCUCUGCUAAACGCUCGGGCAGGACCUGCAGGUGAAACUCCAGCCGUCUGAUUCUCUCUGUCUCCUUCGUUGGCAUGUGCAUGUACUGGAAGUGGGCACAUUGGUCACAGUCAAAUUUGAUUUCUUUCUUUGUUUUUAUUCUCGGGGGAGAAGGAACCUUCCCUGCCCUACACGCUGCUUCUCUCCAUUUUUGUUACGCAAUUUGUUCUUGUGUUCAUAAUUCGAGUGGGUGUUCUGUGUCAUAUUGUUAACUCUCUAAUAUAUAAAUAUACAUAUAUAUUCAGAUAUUUUAAUUACUGUGUUGUGCAUGUACAUCAGUGCAUGCCAUGUUCUAUUACUCUGUGACUGUAGUAUUCUUGUUAUCUCACUGCU